AUGAAAGUUAUUUCAGAAUCUAUAUCAAAGUUAUUAAGGAAGUCCUGGAAUAGAAGAUCAGACGAAUCUUAUUCAGUUCUUCCGUGCCGUCGAUUUUCACUCCCUGAGAUCAAGACUGCUACCAAUAACUUGGACAGUAAUUUACUAAAAGGUGAGGGGGCUUAUGGUUAUGGGAAAGUAUACGAGGGGUUUAUUGAUAACCGUACCAUAAGCGUUGCAAUAAGGACUGUGAAUAUCAAGUCAUGGUCGGGUUUGGAUGGGUUAAUGAAGGAGGUGGUGUUGCUUUGCCAGCUAAGCCACCCUAAUGUCGUCCGUCUCAUCGGAUAUUGUGUCGAGGAUGAUGACAAAGGGUUUCUUGUCUUUGAAUUCAUAGUCAAUGGAAACCUGGGGGACCACCUCUGCGGCACUAACCACCAUGGAGUGGCAUUGGAGUGGCACGCGCAUUACACUAUCUUCACUCCGGGGUGA